AUGAUCGGACCCAAGCCCGAGGGUUUCGAGUGGAAGUGCGCCGUCUGCAGUGCCCUUGCGACAUCGAGACUGCCUACUGGUAACAAGCGGAUCCUGUGUCAGCCGAUUACAGCAGGCGAGAUAGAGCCCGACGAGAUCGUCGGCUUGGGAGCUACUGCAGAGCAGAUCGCUUCAUGGACUUGCCAAAUUUGCUGGACCGCUUAUCGCCGACCUUGCGUCUGGAUCAACAAGGACAUCUUCACUCAGACCAGGAAGUCUACGGAAGGAUCCUCCUACGUGUACACGUUGCCCAACUACCCGGGUCUUGUGCCAGUGUUCCCGAGUCAACUUCAGGCAGCGGAGCAACCCCCUACUCUCCCGGAGUACGAUAUUUACCAUCUGAAGGGCGAGCUUGACACGAACGAGGAUGGUGCUGAGGACGAUGUUGCGGAUGAGUUUGCUGUUGUGGGUUAA